CCGCUGCGCGUUCUCUGCCUGCGCGUCUAACCUAACGUCUAUCAACAUAUUAUACAAGCCCCUUGAAGACAUUGAGAGACUUGAAAGGUACUGACCCGGGUGUUACCACCCCGUCAACAUCGGUGACCGGUUUCAUAGCCGAUAUCGCGUUGUCGACAAACUGGGCCACGGUUCUUACUCGACCACCUGGCUAGCGCGCGAUGAGCAGUUAGAAAAAUAUGUCGCAGUCAAGGCUUUCAAUUGAGAAGCUAUACGAGGAGUACGGAGCACCAGAGCCGGAGCCGGUAGUACACUUAGAUGGUAAACCACUUCCACCCGGUGUCCCAUCCCACGGCAUUGCACCAAUAUGGCUUGGGAGAGCAAGCGAGAAUAUCACGCUUGCAGAAACCAGGAUCCUACCCACAGACUUUGGCGAGGCAUUUUCGCCCUCACAAGAGGCAAAACAUGAAUCUCACACCCCGCUCAUCAACAGUCCCCUUGAGGCUCGGUUUGAACCUACGACGCCUCUUUCCUUCCCAUCGGAUAUCUGGUCACUCGCCUGCUCUAUCUGGUCGAUAAUUGCUCAAAGACCGUUAUUUGAGAGUUUAAUCCCGACACAGGACCGUAUGGCCUGUGAGCACGUCGAUGCUCUUGGUAUUUUACCACCGGAGUGGGAGAGAUGGGAAGCACGACGGUCUAGGUUUACUGAGGAUAGAGCGCCCCAGUAUCCAUACCAUCCAGCGCCGGCCGGGGUGUCUGAGUUAUUCAAGCGGCUGCCGUCUGUGAAGAGGAGCAUAGAGAGUGGAGGACAUGUGUCAGCCCACUGCUGAAAGGCCACACCUGCCCUGUCUCGGGUAGGGCAGAUAUUUCGGUUAGUAUUGGGGUUCUCAGCCUGCCAAGG